GGGGCAGACAGAACGUGUUGUUCGCGUUGGGCAACCGCGUCAUCUUGAAAUUUUUAAGCAACAAUACAACCAACUUCAAAGCCGACAACAUGGUCCUCCAGGCGAUCAAGUACACGCGGGGACAGCUUGAGAUCCUUGAUCAGCUCAAGCUGCCUCAUGCCGAGGAGUAUGACCACAUCUACUCCAGUACCGACGCAUGGCAUGCAAUCAAGGAGAUGCGAACUCGAGGAGCACCGGCUAUUGCGAUUGUUGCCGCGCUCGCUCUGGCAGUCGAACUCACAAACAUGAAGCUCUCGUCGGUGGCAGAGGAAGUACAGGUCUUCAUUACAGAAAAGUUGGAUUACUUGGUGACCAGCCGACCGACUGCUGUGAAUCUCGCAGACGCCGCAGGCAAGCUGAGGAAGAUCACCGAGGAGAGUGCUGCAAAGAGUGGGGCUAGCGGAGAUUCAGUAAGGGAGGCGUAUGUCACAGCUGCAGAGCAGAUGCUUGUUGACGAUGUGAGCGACAACGAAAACAUCGGCAAACAUGGCGCAGAGUGGAUCGUGAAGAACACCGAAGCUGGCAAGAAGGGACCAGUGAGCAUGCUGACGCAUUGCAACACUGGGUCACUUGCAACUGCUGGAUACGGAACUGCGCUGGGUGUCAUUCGAUCUCUGCACUCCAGUGGAACACUGAAACAUGCUUUCUGCUCAGAGACCCGCCCAUACAACCAAGGCUCAAGGCUGACCGCUUUCGAGCUGGUACAUGACCAGAUACCAGCAACCUUGGUCACGGAUUCCAUGGCUGCGGCGCUCCUCCGACUUAGAGGCGGCAGCGAGAACAUUGCUGGCAUCGUCGUCGGUGCUGACCGUGUCGCUGCGAACGGUGACACUGCUAACAAGAUUGGUACUUACUCCUUGGCUAUCCUUGCAAAGCACCACGGAGUGAAGUUCCUUGUCGCUGCACCAAGGACCACCAUUGACCUGAAGACCAAGUCCGGAGCAGACAUCGUCAUCGAAGAACGACCUGGAAAAGAAGUCACUAUGGUCAAGGGGCCCCGCCACGAUGGCGUUAACUUGGAUCUUGCAGUUGUGGAGACUGUCAGCAUCGCAGCGAACGGUAUCAAUGUGUGGAACCCUGCAUUUGAUGUCACCCCUGCCGAGCUCAUCGACGGCAUCAUCACCGAAGUGGGCGUGUUCGAGAAGGACAGCGAAGGGGUGUUCCAUUUGGAGGAGGCUUUCCAAGCAAAGGGCUCGGAGGUGAAGCCCUCAACGAUUGGAGGCUUGUAGGCGAACUUGCAAAAGCAAGAGUAUAUAGAUACCCAAUGUAGUUAAAAGUGUGCUGCUAUCUUGAAAUGCAGAUAUCAACCCUCUCUCCACAUCCAUUACCAACGUCUAACUUUCAUGCUUGUAUUCCACGAUCGAUCUUGCAG